CUCAUAGUAUAUGGCCGAAUUGUGUGAUGUCGGUGAUGUCGAAUCUUGUUGAAUGCUGGGAUGAGGGAUGUGUGAUUGAAUCGUAAUUACUCUUUACAGAAGUAACGAAAGAUAUUACUUCCAAAAAUGCGUGUUUUGUGACGGUUGGACGAUUACUGAAAAACUAAUAGCAAAGUCUUAUCAUAAUGUGCGAUCAGUUUUGGGAACCUCUAGCAGAGGUUUAUAUCGCCGAGCAGAGCGAGUUCUCUGAUCCUGAUGCCUUCAUCUACUGUUUGUGCAGCAGAGUCUUUAUAAAAAGAAGUCCGGAGAACUUUGCUGUAGUUAACACGGAGGAUGCCAGCGAAGAUGAAGAUCUCGAAAGAGAUCAAGUCGGUGAAAUGUUGGAGCACCAAAGACGAAUUUUGGUUGAAACACAACUUCCAGGGAAACAUGACGAGGAGCCAGUGAGUUGUUACUGCAGUGCUUCACACACGGACAACAACUAUUCUACCGAUGAACAUGAUUCGAUUCGCGAUUCAUCACACCGUCCACCAGCAGCACCUCUAACUCAAAAGCUUGGUUUGCAUCAGUCGGAUUCUGGUGCAGAUUUAUCGGAGUACCAUGACUAUCACGAGGCAAAGAGCAUCCAAAACCUCUUUGCAGCUUAUGGCAAGACUUUUAGCACUGGGGAUGUGGAUGACAUAAGAGAAAGUCCUCAUAUUUUCGAAAAAAUGGGUCAACAAAGUAAAAAGAUGUUCCAAAAGUAUAGAGAAAAUGAUAUCGAAGAUGUGAGCUUAGAAGCAUUACAAGCUGAAGUGCACCGCAAAUGCCAAACUAAAGAUUUGGUGGGCAAUGCAUAUUAUAGACUAGAUGCUAAGUCGAAGGAACAAAAAGAUGAGUGCCAACUAUUGGUCUCUGAUGAACCUGGAGCUAUGGAUAGCGAACCAUCUCCACUCGAAAAUAAUUCUGAAUUCAACGACUGUUGUACCAAGCUGAUGAGUAACUGUUUCGAAUGGCAAAAUAAUUUUAGCACCCAACUACAACGCACGUGUUCCAAAAAUUUUAGUGUAAAUAGUCAAGGUACUGAUUCAACUGUGAUAAAAAAUGAUAGCCCAUAUAGUAAAGAUAAAAUAGAGAAGCUUUGGGGACAAUUUUGGUCUGAAAAUGGGGAACAGCUGAUAUGGGCAUCUUGGAUUGAAAAAUAUGCUGACUAUAUUAACCCAGAUUACAUGCAGCAGUAUCAAUUUCCAAGUGGGGAAAAACGGGUGGAUGUACAAAAACAAAAGACUGCCGCCGAAACUUUCCCAGAACAAAAUACAUGCUUUCCAAAUCGGGCCCACAAAAACUGUAAACUAAGCCGAUCCAAUUUCGAAGGAAUAUUCAGUAAAACUAUGAAAGAGCCAAGCAUAGUAAACCAUACCUGUCAAACGGAGGAUACUAAUUUUUCAUUUCAAGACACAAACCAAAUAGUUGUUAAUGACAAUGAUGCAGAUGAAAACAGAAAGAAAUUAAUUAAUCAUGAAAUAUCCCCUGAAUUGGGUGAGGGUUGGAAUCCACUGAGUCCGUUCAGCUUAGAAGAGAGUUAUAAUCAACUAUCAAACAUGGAAGACGAACGACUUCUCACCACAUCUAGGUGUAGUUCCAUCAGUGAGUCUAUUGCUAACACUAAUGCAACAACGGAUUCAAUGACCGAUGUCACCAAAAUGACCAUAAACAGCUCUAGUUUUGAUUCGAAUUCUAUUCAAUCUUCAAGCUUGUUCAGUUCUACCACUAGCUCAAUAGAAAGUAACAUUACAAGCAGUAGCUCUGAAUUGGAGAGUGAACCAGGAAUGGAAGAUGCUGAUAAGUACUGGCAGCAGUUGUGGAAGGAACACUUUGAAGAACAGUACUGGUUGCAAUGUAAACUUUUUGUUGAAAGAUAUGAUCAGGAGCUAGAAUUACAUUUGGAUAGCGCCACUCAUCAGAAGAUAAAUGAUCAUAUUCACGAUAUUGCAAAUAGUUGUGAGUAUUAUUCAAAUGCUGACGAUGUUAAAGACUCACAUAGUGACGAUGUUGAAUCUCGUAAGAAUUGCCAGGAUUACACAGAUCUAGAACACGUGAAUGCAUCCAUGAACGAAUCUAGCACCACAAACGAUACUGCUGAAAUUCAGAAGGGUUCCACGGUCUUGCCGAUAACUAGAAAAUUGAAUUCACGAAUGAAGAUGAUGGUUAUGGAAUCCGUCGGGACACUUAUGCAAAAUCUUACCAUGCAUUCUGACGAAGCGCAACUUGUAGAUGGUGAGACACAGCCAAAUAGAGAGGAUAAUCAUCAUCCGGGUAAUACGGAGAAUAGCCAAGGCCCUGGCACUCCAGUUGAUAGCAGUGAUCUAAGUAGACAUCAAUGCAAUCUGAGCUUGAAUUCUUCGCAAAAUUCAUCUGGUGCUGGGGAUGGCGACAGACGUAACGAUCAAAAGCCAAUAACAUUGAAAAGAUGCCAUGAAGCGGACUGUGAUGAGAGCAGCGAGGGAUUGGAGACUGUGAAAAAAGCGUUCUCUCUGAUGGGAUAUACCUUCACCAAUGAUCAGCAGCAAACCAAACUACAAGGAGAAGUGGUGUAUAGAAAACGUAACAUUCGAUUGCAAAAUAGACAACUUAAAAUGAAGUUCAACAGACCUCGGCCCAGUAACAAACAUAUAUAUUUUGAUGACAACGGAGAUGAAAUUACAGAUACUUUGGAUAAGGUUGCCGAUGAACCAGUCCCUAAACCGAAUGAUAGGGGAUCUUAUACAACACUUUUUACCUCAAGCUCUGAUGAAGAAUGUAAUCCUACGUUUGCCGGAAAGAUCCCGGUAAAACGUCUUCUAUUCAAUAAAUUGAGCACAAGUUCAAUGGACCCAAAACCAGAACCAAAUAAACAAAUUUCGCCCAGAAACAACCAGGUGAAGAGUGAACAGGAACACUUGCCAGCUAAAGACAUGAUGAAGGCUGUUGAUUUUAUUGAAGAACCGGAUUUCACAGACUUGAGAAAUGUGAAAGAUCCCAAGGAGUCGAAUUGUGAGGACAGUUUGAUUAGUUGUGGGGACAAAGUUCACACUACUCCAGGACUUAAAAUCCGGAACACGGAGGCGAAUCUGAUAGAUGAUGUUUUUAUGGAUGUCGAUUCAAAGUCUCCAGACGAUGUAUUUGAAGUCAAGGUCUAUGACGAUGAUCUCACAAAAAGAAUAUCUAAAAAAAAGAAGAGGAAACAGAACAAACGAAACAUUAGUCUUCCUCCAGAAGUGGCUGGUGACAGAACUCUCAUAAAGUAUUGGCUCAAAAGAUAUCGUUUAUUCAGCAAAUUUGAUCAGGGAACUAAAUUAGAUCGGGAGAGUUGGUUUUCCAUAACGCCAGAAAAAGUUGCAAAGCACAUCGCCAAUCGGUGUAAGUGCGAUACCAUAAUUGAUGCUUUUUGCGGAGCAGGAGGAAAUACAAUACAAUUUGCUUUCACUUGUGAAAGAGUCAUUGCCAUAGAUAUUGAUCCAGAGAAGAUACAGCUGGCUCGGCACAAUGCGAAAGUUUAUGGUGUCGAAGAUAGAAUAGAGUUUAUCGUUGGUGAUUUCUUUAAAUUAUCAUCAAAGUUGAUCGCAGACGUUGUUUUUCUCAGCCCUCCAUGGGGUGGCCCACAGUACUCAAAAGACGAAACCUUCAGUAUGGAAAAAAUUUUGCCUCCAAUGGGUGGAGCAGCAUUGUACAAUGUAUCAAAAACUAUUACCGAGCACAUUGCCUACUUUUUGCCACGUAAUGUUGACACAAUGCAGCUCGCGAUGCUGGCUGGCCCAGGUGGUGCUGUAGAAGUGGAACAAAAUUUCCUUGACAAACAUUUGAUAGCAUUGACUGCUUACUACGGUGAAUUACUCAAUGAGUGAAGCUUGAUGCACAAUAGAAGACAUCUGUUACCCUAUAGUAAGAAAAAAAAAAAUCUGUGGUGUGUAAAAAGUAUAGUAUGGUAAGAAAUGAUUCAUAUCGACUGAUAAUGACUGACACAGUCAGAAGUACAGAGAUUGAACCGGACGCGAAUAUGAAGUGAUGCUUUUACAACUUUAGCGAUCAUUGACCAAUAUUCUGACUUUCGUAUUCGAUGGCAUUCGGUAAUUCACGAAUGCGGUUUCUCCAUUUAUUGCUAUAUAGUUGUAUAUUAUAUAUUUCUCGGGGUUGUCUGUAUAAUUAUAUUACUCCAGGUGGCCUAAUGUUAGUCAGGAAAGAAUUUCAUUCAACAUGAUAAGCAAUUUUGAAUGUAGAAUUCGAUCCAAGAAUGUCGGUUGAAUCUAGCCGUGUGAUCGUUCAUUACAUCUUCCGAUAUUUUAAAAUUGCAUCAUCUUUACUCAUAUGUAUAUGUGUUAUGAAAAUAAUACAACGAUACAGGGCGCUGAGCUAAGCAUUGAGACCAAUCACUUCAAACUACUUGCUUUCUAUGGUCUUACAUCUGCAGGUGAGAAUAGUAAACAGCUGGCUGUAACAGAGGAGAUAAAGAACCAAACAUUCUGAAUGUGAUCCAAUAAGCUUGAAAUCAGGGGAUACGAUAAAUUGUUCUCUUCAUAUUUUAUGUGAUUUUUCUUUUUUCUACCUUGUUUUUUGUACAACAAGGCGAUCAAGAAACCCAGAUCACUGAGUUUUACUGUAAUCAUAUGUUUGAUAAUUGCAAUCUUGCGUCACAUUUUUUAUACAAAAUACAAGUAUUACAGCUUUCUAUCUAUACGUCUGUACUCAAAUAUUUAGUAGUUACAGUUAAUUUGCAUAAUAAGUGAAUAUUAGCCAUAAUUUUUAAUCGGCCGUUCGCUUUCAUUUGAUAGACAAACUGUACAAGGUGAAUGUGAGGUUGAGACAAACCCGAACAUUCACCCUUCAAGCAUUCAUAAUUACAUGAUUGGCAUAAGUGAGUCUGUAAUUUAUCAGAAAUUAUUUGCACAUCAUCAAAAGUAAAGAUACUUUUUUUUAAUGUUGAUUGAUAUUUACCCUUUAUACUGUUCCACUUAAUAAAGCCGAAUUUUAAUUUUAAA